AUGGCGGGUAGUGAAACGAGCAGUUCCUCUAUCAUUGAUACAAUAAUUAACAGCCAAAACUUUCGGGAUAGUUUAUCACGAGCAUUUGACGCUUCGCAGAAUACUAAUGCUGCAUCUUUUAAUAAUGUCGAAUCCGAGGUUUCGUCGAUAUUUCGUCCUCGUGGGGCUGCUGCAGUGAAUAGACAAGAAUUUGACUCGCAAUGGAACACACAAAUGACACGAUGUUCACAGUCAACCACUUCUCAGUCGCUAAAUACGUUUACACCUGCUCUACCUGGGGUGCAGCCAACGAACACCUAUCCAAUAUUUGAUGUGAGACGAAAUUAUACCUCUUCUACCUCAAGAAGAAGAAAACCUUCAAACUAUGUGAAAAGACGUCAUAGCAAGUUACAUUCUACCUUCACAAAAGAAGUUGUACUUUUGACUUCCCCUGCUGACAAUGUCGUCCCAAAACAACAGAGCAAGCAGAAUCUUUACCAAUUAGGUCAUGUUUUAAGUGCAGUACAGAUAAGCAAAGACUGGAGUGAAAAUCAAGUUUUGCAGAACCUUAAGGAUUUCUUCAAAGAGAAACUUAAUGACACAAGUGUAGAAAUAAUGAUGGGAUGUGGCAAUAAAAUUGUCAGGCCUGUGUUAAUGCCUGAUCAGGAGUUAUCUGGAUACAUUUUAAGUAAAAUAUUUGCAACAAAAUCCAUUUAUCUCAAACCAUCUAAAAGUCUGGUGGGAAUAAAGAUUGAGUCUGGUAGUAGUGAUGAAGAUUUUGAUGAGCUACCUUCUACAUCAAGGAGACUGGAUUCUGAAGAAUCUUGCACUAGUACAAACAAGAGUUCAAAGAAACAAAAGAUAUCAGAUAGUAUUGAUGGAAUUGAAAUGAGGAAUGUGUUCCAAAGCAGAGAUGUAACAGAGCAUCAUGAAAAAGCAGCAGAUCAUCCAAGUGAAAAUUGUUUGCAACAUCCUGGAAAUUUAGUGGAAGGUAAUGAUUGCUGCCUUGAUGAUUUGUAUGCAUCACUACUCUUUGAUGAAGUCAAUAGUGAUAUAAUUGUUGAUGCUGUUGAUGUUGAAGAUAACGAUGAUCAAAAUCAGUCUGCAACAAGUGUUGGCCCUUCCAAUUUUGAUGAAUUAAAUCUUAAAGAAAUUCUUGAGCAAAAGUCAGAAAGCAUUUCUAAUUCUCAAAUUUCAAAGUUUAAUAUUUGUCGAAAUAGUAUUUGGGAAGGAACAAAACGUGCAAUGUUGAGAAAGUCAUUUAGUCCAGAAAAUAGGAUGUCAGUGAAAUUUACUGAUGACAUAGGCGUUUCUGAAGGUGCGGUUGACCAGGGUGGUCCAAUGAGAGAAUUUGUAACUCUUGUGCUGGAAUAUAUUACUAAUUCUUUAGUUAUUUACUGGCCCCAAUGAGAAAAAAAU